AUGGGGCGGCAUAGGGUCACCCACGACCUGCGGACUCCUGCUUUAAUUCAUGUUUCUCUUUCUUUUUUCCAGUGCAUGACCCCCCCUCAGAGCCCCAUCUUGGCCGAGACCUCCUCCACCACAGCUGUCCUCACCACCACCACCUCAUUGGCCAGCUCCAGCUCAGGCCCCAGACCAGUCUUAACCCGGCCAAGACUCUGUGCAGGUCUGCCCCACAGGAAUGCCCCUCCCUUGGGCCAACAACCUGGCACGGCCCCCCUCUUAGAGAGCUCUGGAGCUCAAGAGGUACCCAGCAGAGCCAUGGUGACCAGCGUUAUCCGGCACACUGCUGACAGGGCCCUCUCACAGCACAGCAUCAACAUUCCACCUCAGUCCCUCAUAGGGAUACAGCACACCACCUCCAACAGAAACCCUACAGCAGCCUCUUUGGCCGAGACCGUUCCCAUGCAGACUGAACCACAAAGCUGCAGCACUGGUCCGUGUGUUAAGGUAGAGAAGGACGUUAGUCCAUCCUCACCUAACAGCAGCACAGGCCCCUCCAGUCCUCUCACCCUAAGGUCCCCAUCCCAGACCACAGCCACCUCCAGGUCCUCGCCCCCCAUCCCAAGCUCCCAGGUCCUCUGCCAGGUGUUUCCAGUCAACGGGCGGACAGGGAUGAUCUCUGCGUUUGUCCACCAGGGCCCGGUCCAAAUGCAGACCCAGGGGGGGCCCAAGCCCAUACUAGCCCAGUCACCAUCCUCCUUCCCCCAGCCGCUGCAGCUGGUGGGCUCCUCAGUGACUCGGGGGACGGUGAUGUUUGUGGUUCCCCAGUCACCUGUGUCCCAGGCCUCGUUGUGCCAACAGACUGUCAUGACCCUCGGGAACACCAAGCUCCUGCCCCUGGCCCCAGCUCCAGUUUACAUGCCCUCAGGGCAGAGUAGCAAUGCCACACAAGCCGACAUCUCCCGCAGACGGAACUACGUCUGUAAUUUCCCGGGCUGUAAGAAGACCUACUUCAAAAGUUCCCACCUCAAGGCCCAUCUCAGAACUCACACUGGUAGGUACUACCUCCCCACGACACGUGUUAAGACAAUUUACUGGAUAUUCUAACCAAUGGUAAUUUGAUUAAUGGUCAUGUUGAAUAGGUAGUGGGUUGUCUUCCACUGAUGUACUUAUGGCUUCCAUUUUUCCCAUGCCGUCCAGGUGAGAAACCAUUCAGUUGCCACUGGGAGGGCUGUGACAAGAAGUUUGCCCGCUCCGACGAGCUCUCCCGCCACCGGCGAACACACACCGGCGAGAAGAAGUUUGUGUGUAACAUUUGCGAUCGGCGCUUCAUGCGCAGCGACCACUUGACCAAGCAUGCUCGCCGACACAUGACCACCAAGAGGACCUCCACGUGGCCGGCUGAAGUCAACAAGAUGGCGGCAUCUAAGGGUCCGUUGAGUGGCUCCAGCAGUCCUCUCAGUGUGCUGGUUCCUUCCCCCAACUAGCUGGGUCUCAGGCCGUACGGUCAUCUCAGGACAAUAUCCCACCACCAACCACACAAGACCAGGGUUUAAAUGAAACAAAAACAAUAGGCUGCUACUCAUUCAUUGACAGAUACAAACUGACCUUGCACUGGAUUUUUUUUAUUAUGCUUGUUUUGUACUUUCAAUGUGUAAUAUGUAUACAGUAUGUAAUGUUUAGCAAAAUGUAUGCACUCUUUUUGCCAAAGCCUUUGCAUCGCGCUUCUCUCUUACUAUGUCUCUGUGAUUAUAAAUAUGUAUAUAUGAAUAUCUAUAUAUGAAUGUUGUGUAUUCCAAUCUGCAUUUAUUGAAUAUAUGUUAUUGAUAUUUUAAAAUGUGUAAGUGGACAUUAUUCCUCACUGUGAUACUACCUACUUUCUUGCUUUGCAUAUUUAUUAAUAAAUAUUUGUUUUAAAAAGUGCUGAUUUUGAUAGCUUGAUUGUUUUUUUUUACAGAUACAGUAUAUUAUUACUUAAUAAAUACUCCACUUUAUAUAGCAUCACCAUACUAAUAAUUGGGUAAUCAAUUUAUGAAUAAAUUCUAUACAUAUGCCAUGGUCACAUUUUUUGAAAAGUGCUGUACCAAUGUGUAGUUUUACUAGCAUUCAAUGUAGGCAAUUGUCCCAUUGUUUUUUCCCCAUAAUAAAAUACACUACUAAA